AUGCAUAUGAGGUUUGUUUUUUUACCUAAACAUCAAAGGUUGGUUAAUCAAUGUUAUCCGAGUGGGAGUACUACAGAUAAGAAACCUAAAUCAUCAGAGACUUCAUAUCUUCUAUACUAUGUUAAUUCAAGACGUAGUAAGUUAGAAAAAGUCAGUUCGUUUCUUGUAAAGAGAACAGGAUCAGAUUUAAAUAGACGUCGCGUCGGUAAUGUUUCAGUCACUCUAGAAUUGAUGAAUAAAAUUGUUAAGAAUUGUAAAGAAAAUUUGAAUGUUUUUAUUAAGGAUUUCUUUUCAAUUAUGCUAACUGUAUUAAACAAUGAAAAUUUCAAUAAUGAUUACUCUAUUGUGGAUUUAUUAGAAGUUACAUUUAGUAGUAUUUGCAUUUCAGUGGAUGAUACACUAUAUAGUAGUGAUUCAGAUUUUAUUAAAAACUAUUCCAAGUUCAUCGAUCUUUUCUUUAAAGUUGUUACCAGUAGGAUACAUAACGACGAAUUGUUGUUAAGAUUAUGUGAAGAUAUUUCAAAUACAAGUAGUAUAGCCAAUAACCCACAAUUGAAUCAUUAUAUUCGUAAAGCAGUAGAAUUUACAUUAAAUAAAUUCCAAGAAGAAUAUCCCCAAUAUAAAAUGGUUUCUUUAGCCACACCAACAGAAAUACUUAAUUUGAAUAGAAGAUUAAGCAAAGUGCAAACUAGAACUAAUGGUACUGAUAUUAGCUUGCCAAAAGAGGACAAUUUAACAGUUAAAAUUUUACAAUCUUUGUUUAAUACUACAGAGACAGAUAAACUAAAUGUUUCAGUAAGAGCUUUAUUAUCACAUUUACAAUCAACACCAAAUAAGGAAUUGUUAACAUAUAUUUGUAAUAAAAUUCCUGUGCAACUGAGAUAUAUUGUUGUUUUACUUGGAAUAAGAAGAUUGACAUAUGAUAAAAAUGCUAAAGAUUCAGAGUAUGAUCCUGUGACAGGGCUAAAAUUAAUAUCAUGUCUUUUAACAUCUGAUGUGUCAAUUGUAGGAUUAAGUGUUUUAGAUAUUAUGAAAAAAAUUUUGCAAUUUCAAUUAGAUAAUUAUGAUAACCAUGAAAUCACCAAUCAAUGCUGUUUCACUAUCAGAGAUCUAAGUUUUAAAAAUUAUUACAAAGGUCAAACCUUUGAUAUACUAUAUGAAUUUUUAAUUAGACUUAAAGGAUUCAAAACUACCAACGAGAUGUUAAAACAAGAUAUUUUAGUUAAAGAUGUUGUUGAAGUAAUAAAAUAUAAAAAUGAACCAUGUAUUACUUUGGAGUUAUUUGUUGAAUUAUCAACAUUUUUAGAAUCAUCUAUGGUUUUAACAUUGUUUAAUUUAGUCAACAAUCAAUCACCAAGUAAUCCAAUUAUGUCGCAAUUAUUCCAAACAGUUUCAAAAUUAACAGACGAGAGUAUGCAGAAAAUUUUUAUGCAAAGAAUUUUUGCAAAAUAUGAACAUAUUGCUUUGUUAAGUGGGCUUAAUUAUUUCUUAGAAACAACGAAAGAACCUGACAAUAUUUAUUAUUGCUAUCAUUUAGAAUCGGCAAAUUUUUUAAAAUUAGAUGACUAUAGAGUUCAAACAGAAUAUAAAAAGGAGCACUCACUAUUAUUUUCAAGGGCAGAUUUAUUGAACUAUUACUCUGAUGCAGGUUCGAAUAAGUAUUCUUCCAGAGGAUCAGAAAUAUUAUUGUUACAAAAAAACAACUUAUCUACAGUAGAUCUAACAUCAGAUUCUCAACAUAACCUAAUUGAGCCAUCAAAUAGCAUAGUCAUAAUAAAUAAUUCAGGAUCUGAUUCGCAAAUAGCAUUACAAGAUAAUAUCAAUGCUAUAAAGGCACGAGUAUCCAGAGAAUCAACGAUAGCAAAUAGAGAAAAUGUUUAUAGAUAUGUUUCUGAUGAACUUAGAUCAUGGAAAACAACGAAGACAAAUGCUCCAAAAAUAAGUGAUUUAAAAAGUUACAUUAGGUAUACAGGAGAUAAAAAGACUCCAUCUUCUUCAAGUCAUAAAAAUUUAAAAUCUCUUCGUGGAUCUCAAUCUGUUAAAUCAAGAGUUACUAAUAUUACAUUCUUAUUAAAAGAGUUGCAAGAAAAUUCAGACCAAGAUGAAAAAAUUCCAGAUCCUGAUGAAGAGGAAAUAACAGGGUUAGAUGGUGUAAAGAUAGGUCGGUCUCAUUCAAUCAUGUUACAAAAUUCUUUGAAAACGGAUAAAAGAACCUCUUUUACAGGCAUGCAUAAAGCUGAAGUAUUUUCUAAGAUCGAUAGUGUUGAAAAUUUUGAAGAUGCUGAAGAAGAGGUUCCUAAGGUUGAUGGUAGAGGUAAACUUUUUGCAUCAAGCUAA